CCCCUAUUCCUUUAAAAUCUUCCAGUUUCCUUUAAAACUUCCUUUAAAACCUUCCCUAUUCCUUUAAAACCUUCCAGAUUCCUUUAAAACCUCCCCUAUUCCUUUAAAAUCUUCCAGUUUCCUUUAAAACUUCCUUUAAAACCUCCCCUAUUCCUUUAAAACCUUCCAGAUUCCUUUAAAACCUCCCCUAUUCCUUUAAAACUUCUUUUAAAACCUCCCCUAUUCCUUUAAAACCUUCCAGAUUCCUUUAAAACCUUCCCAUGUCCUUUAAAACUUCCUUUAAAACCUUCCCUAGUCCUUUAAAACUUCCUUUAAAACCUCCCCUAUUCCUUUAAAACUUUCCAGAUUCUUUUAAAACCUUCCCUAUUCCUUUAAAACUUCCUUUAAAACCUUCCAGAUUCCUUCCUCCUUUCCCAACUUCCCUUAAAACUUCCCCAUUCCCUCCUCCUUUCCCAGCUUCCUCCAAAAUCACCCCCCACUCCCUCCUUCCUUCCUCACCCCCUCCAGAGCUUUCCGUCCCCAGCCGUAGCCUUCUUCCCGGUGGCCCCCUUCGCCUCCGCCAUGCUGCCGAGCCCCGCCCUCCAGACGGAGGUGUACCCCUGGGAGCGGGUGGUGGUCCUGGUCUCCUGCGCCCUCUCCUUCCUGGGAUCGGCCCUCCUGGUGGGCACCCACGCCCUCUGGCCCCAGCUCCGCACCCGGCCCCGCCAGCUCCUGCUCUACCUCUCCCUGGCUGACCUCUUUUCGGCGGCCUCCUACUUCUACGGGACGCUGAAGGACUUCAGGGGCCCGUCGUGGGACUGCGUGGCCCAGGGCGCCGUCUCCACCUUCGCCAACACCAGCUCCUUCUUCUGGACCAUGGCCAUCGCCUUCUUCCUGUACGUCACCCUCGUCCAGGGCUUGCCCACCGGGGCCGGUCUGCUCUGGUUUUUUCACGUGGUGAGCUGGGGGGUCCCGCUCAGCAUCACGGCAGCCGCCGUCGCCCUGAAGAAGAUCGGCUACGACGCCUCUGACGUCUCCGUCGGCUGGUGCUGGAUCGACAUCGACGCGGAGGAUCGAGUCCUUUGGAUGCUCCUCGCGGGGAAGGUGUGGGAAAUCCUGGCCUACGUGACCCUACCCAUUUUCUACAUCCUCAUAAGGAAGCACAUCAGCCGAGCGCACGCUGCGCUCUCGGAGUAUCGUCCCAUCCUGUCGGGGACCCCUGCUUUCCAGCCGAGAACGUCCAUCGCGGAUAAGAAGUUGAUCCUGAUCCCUGUGAUCUUCAUCUUCCUCCGAAUCUGGAGCACCAUCCGAUUCGUGCUAACGCUUUGUGGUUCCCCAGUGGUUCAAAACCCACUGCUGGUGGUCCUUCAUGGUGUUGGGAACACAUUCCAAGGAGGAGCCAACUGUAUUAUGUUUGUUCUUUGUACUCGUGUGGUCCGGGACAAGUUGCUUUCUUCCUUGUGUUGCUGGCGACGUGACAGCCCUGAUGGUUCUCUGCCAAGUCCAGAGUCCCACUUUGAGACUCUGGAUUCGUCCUUCAAGGACUGGGAAACGCAAGGGGGCAACCGCGCAAGAGCGGACCUUUCAAGCACCUGAACUCCGAAGUGUCCACAUUAUAGCGAAAGACUUGGCCUUACCCGGUCAGGGUUUUAUCGGGAACAGAAACGCAAUGCAAUGCCUGCAGGGGGAGCUACUCGCUUGAAGAAAAAGUAGCACAUGUUGGGAAAACGAAAACAGCACACCUGGGAUGAAACUGUCCAUCGCUGGAAUUUGCUUCCUCGUUUCUCAGGGCUUUUUUGGAAGAUGCUACAGCGGACAUGUUCCAGCUUCCUCUUUUUUAUUAUUUAAUGGAUGGGUCGUUUCGUUUAAUUUAGAACAUGCGGGAUCCUUCAGUCUUUAGGACCGACAUCUUCCAGGACUGGGUGGGAAGGAAGAAACGUGGAAUUCCAAACGCUGCGAAGGAUUCCACGGUCCUGAACAGAGAUUUUUUGAGGCGUCUGAGCAAGGAGGGGAGGCAAGGAAGUUAAAUGCUAUAUAUCCAACGUCGGUUUGCAGGGGUGGCCAACCUGUGGCCCUUCAGAUGUUGCGGGACUCCAAAUCCUAUCGGCCUCAGUCAGUGGUCAGGGAUUAUGGGAAAUGUAGUCCAACCAGUGCCCAGGUUUUCGAGGGCCCUGGGCCAAGACACCCUACAUCGGCUGCAUCCAUUGACAGGCCUCCCUUCUCACUGCCUUUUAUAUAAAUUUAUGGUGUAACCACACUUAAAACACUGUGUACCGUUCCGGUCGCCACGCCUAAAAAAGGAUAUCAUAGAGCUAGAAAAAGUACAGAAAAGGUCAACUAAAAUUAUUAAGGGGCUGGAGGAUCUCCCCUAUGAGGGACGGUUACAACAACUGGGAUUGUUUAGCUUGGAAAAAAGGAGGCUGAGGGGAGACGUGAUAGAGGUGCAUAAAAUUAUGCGUGGUGUAGAGAAUGUGGAGAGGGAGACAUUUUUCUCCCUCUCCCAUAAUACUCGAACCCGGGGUCAUCCCAUGAAGCGGAUUGGUGGGAGAUUCAGGACAAAGAAAAGGAAGGACUUCUUCACACAGUGCACAGUUAAAUUAUGGAACUCAUGACCACAAGAUGUAGGGAUGGAUGGCUUUAAAAGGGCCUUGGAUAAAUUCCUGGAGGAGAAGGCUAUCCAUGGCUACUAGCCCUGGUGGUUAUGUGCUACCUCCGGUAUCCGAGGCAGUAAGCCUCGGAUUGCUGGGGAACAUGGGUGGGAGGGUGCUGUUGCACCAUGCCCUGCUUUGUUGGACCCUGAUGGACAGCUGGUUGGCCACUGUGUGAACAGAGCGCUGGACUAGAUGGACCCUCGGUCUGAUCCAGUAGGGCUCUUCUUAUAUUCUUAUGUCACCACCUCCUCCACCUCCUCUUUCCCAUCAUGGCUACCACUUGCUUAUUGGAGAAGCCGAGAGCCAGGGAGCAAGGAGGCCGUGACAUCUGUUCCUCAUCCUCCCCAUCACCAUGGUCUGGGCCAGAGCUGGAGGCAAAUGAAUAAGCAGGUUGCCAUGGUGAAGAAGAUGAGCAAUUCCAGGGGGCUUCUGUCAGUAGGCCCCCUGCUGGAGUAUGGACCCUUGGCAAGGGCCCAACAGUCCCUACUCUUGGCGCAGGUCCUGAGUCCAGCAACACUUGGCGGAGCACACAAUUUGAUCACCCUUGAUUUAGGGAAUCCCCUGGCGACCCGCUCCAGUUCGCUCGAAAGGGCGAGUGGCGACACGACCAAGGGACCAAUUUAGAUAUAGGCAAUGGAGCAUAAUGCGGCCCUCGCGUGAGGACGGUGCCCACCUCAAGUGGGAGGCAUUUUGUUUCGAACGCCUCUUUGCGUCAGGAUCUUAGCACAGCGCAGAGGGAGGAAGGACGGACGAGCCCAAGGCUCGCUUCUUGGCCUACUCAACCGCUUAGGCUGUACCCUUUCCCUCAGGAUUGUGUGGGGAGAACACUGUGAAAAGCGCCUGGCUCCAGCCGGACUCGUCCUGUGAUAAACUGGAGUGUGUGUGGUUUUUAAAAACGUCUCUCUAAACCAGCCGUCCUCAACCUGGGGCGCUCCAGAUGUGUUGGACUGCAUCUCCCAGAAUGCCCCAGCCAGAGCUGGCUGGGGCAUUCUGGGAGUUGUAGUCCAACACAUCUGGAGCGCCCCAGGUUGAGGAAGGCUGAACCAAGUAGGUAGAGACUAACUUCCGAAGCCUGUAUUAUUAUUUUUUCUAAAGGAAUAAUA